GCUGACUGGGCCCAUCCCACGGUGGCCUUUCCAUCGCCCAGCGACAGGGCACCAGGGGCACCAGGGCACUUAAGGGACAGUUGGAUGGACCCUUUAGCUCGUUCGGUCGACUCAUUUUACUUUGAUGAACACCCCUGGCACCGCCCAAGCGAGAGAGGGAGCGGUGGACAUACGAGCAUAGUCCAAGUUGUCCUUCCUCCCCUUUGAUUGCACAUGCCUCUGGACCUCUUCCUCUCUCUACUGAUGAGAUAGUGAUUGGCAAUUGCACUCAUUUGCAGACGAUAUCGGUACCGCGCAGACCCAGAUCUACAUCUACAAGUCCAUAUUCUGGAUAUUCUGGAGACUGGCACAGACUCUGGCACUGACACCACUUGACACACACCUUCGUUACUCCGUGCUGCUCACACCGAUAUUCCGACCCCGAACCGGCCAAUCCUGCUCAUCCAAUUCCCCCCCAGUGCGCCACCGCCUUCGACCUGCCAGGCAGUCUGGCAGUACCCUCUGGUCCACUGCAGUACUCGCUCGAGUGUGUUUCGUUUCGUUUCGAGGUCAUCCUUUGUUGGUCUGGGCCCGGAAUACCGACCACCCCUUUCAGCUGCCUCGGGAGCCCGUGAACUUCCACCGUUGGGAUCAUUAGCCUUUUUGUGCACAUGUAACCGCAUGGCUGGUGCACCAAGUGCCGCAGCUCGUUAUCCUCGAUUUAGAUCUCUUUCAUGGAGACGGUAAUUUACGACGAGACUCCUCUCGCCGAGUACCUCAAGGAUGAGGGCGAGGAACAACAACGAGACUGGGCGCAACAGGAACCAGACGUCAUCAUAGACACACCACCACCGAGCCCCCCAAGUCCUUCUUUCGCCCCUACAGGGAGGCCUCUGGUCAAGGCGCGCUUCCGCAGCAAGAUACCCGAUGCCCUGAACAUCAAGCUUCCCACGCCCAAGAAGCGCCUGAGCUCUUUACAACAUGGAGCGACCGCAGUCGCAACCAAGCUAGACCGCGCAGAUAAUUCAAAGUUCCUGGAGCAAUUCCGCUACACGAUCGUUGCGUCCCAAUUACUAAGUGGUCACUCGAUACUGGGGCAACAUGGCCAGGCGCAGAGCUCCAAGAUCCACCCGGAGAGCGGCCAAGAUCCGAACAUACCUACGCAGACCGGCUUGCUCCUCACGGCUGUUGGGGCGCUCGGGCUCGCCUGGUUCAUCAGCUGGCUGUACGGGGGAGGAGUCUCGCACCUGACCAAGAAGAGGGUGGUCGUCUUCGUCGUCGUGUUUGGUGUCGCUGGUGUCGCGUCACAGGCAUAUAUAAAGCAACAAUGGCUCAAAUACGUCAGGGAGCAGGCGCUGACGGAGAUGAAAACCUUUGUGUCAAGAGCACAGGACUUUGACAGCGCAUCGAGCGCCGCAGUGGCCCUGGUCCAGGAGGUGGAGCUUGUUUCCCGCGGAUAUCGCCUCAGCGCACCACUGCCACCUAUCAGCCGAAUCGAGGACCAGAGCCAGACCCGGAGAUGCGUGAGGCUCAGGAAAGCUCUGAGGAAGAGCUUCGGGGCUAUCAUUGCCAAGUACGAACAGGCUUCCUCGGGGAUCAAAGGCUUCUCCGAACAGCUGGAUCUGGAGCGGUACUACGAUAUUUACGACAUUAGCGACCUGGACAUGUCGGAUGCCAUGCAGGGAUAUUCGGAGGGCGAAUUUGAGGACAUGGAGUCACUACGAACUCUGAAAAUCGUGGCAUCUCGGUUUCAUAUACUGCGAAAGAUGUUCCUUUGCGCGCUUCUCUCGAUGGAAGCACAAGGCGACGACUCCGAUUUCAUGCGAUGGACAACUGUGGUCGAAACUCUGAAAACACUCAACGAGGCUACGGCUGCGUCUUACAAGCGGGUAGGGGACAUUCUGGGGGAGGAACAGUCAUUCAAACCGCCGGUCUCACUCGCAGACAAGGGCCCGCUGUCACCCGGACGCGAGAGGUGGCGCUCACAGCUUAGCAAGCUGAAUUCGCUCACAACGGGUAUCCGCGGGCUACAAGCUAAGAUGACCUUGCUCCGGGAGGAGUCUGAUCGUGCCUUGGACAACGCCUCCGAUCUCUCGGAGCUGGGACCAAGCCUGAUGGCACAAUACGAGUCGAUCGGCUCGGACCUGAAGAUGCUCCAGCAGGCAUGGGAGGAUGGCAGAGCCGCUUUGGCGUCGGGUAUCGACCGCAACGAGAAGCGUCUUUCAUCCAUCAGUGGCAUACUUUCACCAGCCAUCUCCUUGGGGGGAUUAACCACGGUCGAGGAGAGCGGUGGAAGUGUCUCGGACGCGCUCAAAGCACUUACUGGGGAAUCACCGGAUAGCCCCGAGGCGGGCAGCAAUUCUGGGGAGAGCGAGGAGAUAUUCGAGGCCGUUGCGGGGCCACCACCACGACCCAGGAGUAUGCUCACGAGAGGAGAGAGGAUAGCGAAGAUGAGGGAGGAGCGCGAGAGGAGAGCAGAGACAAAAGACAAGUUCGAGGCGAACCGUGGCAUGCUGAAAGAGCUCGAGAUGGUCAUCAACCUCCGCCCGAACAAGAACAGGAGGCAAACACUGCCCCCACCGAACCCGAACCGCGUCGUCUCGCUGUGAGCGAGUACCCUUUCCGGGCUGCAUCCCUUGCCGCUCCUUUCAUGAUUAACGUUUGCUCAUUUUUUUUUCUUUGGUUUUCCGGUUUGCUUGCUUUUACAAACAUGGCUCUCGGCGUUACAUCCGGCGGCGGCGGCGGCGGCGGCGGCUUCCAGUCCUUCGAGGAUACCUUUUCUUGAAAUUUUCUGACAUCAAUCUCCUUGCGUUGAAAAAUGCAUACAGCGGCGAUACCAAGCAGCCUGUACAAAAUCAUAUAGAGCUUGAGGGGCGACGGAACUCAAGGGCGUUGAGGAGAAUUCGUGUGUUUGAAUCCAAGGCACUUCUGAUGUGGCCUUGGAGUAUAGUCGAUAAUGUUUGGUCCUGUACAGUAGGAAUAUACUGACCGAGCUACAAGCCAAAAACACAUCAUCAAUAAAUUAAAAAUUAUACAAA